CACUGUUUCUUUGCCUUGUUGAUGGAAAUAAAGAAAUGUCUGAGAAAUUUCUCUGGGAUUUUUAUUAUUGCUGGACUCUUUGAAUUGGAAAAAUCUACUGCCGGCUUGAUUUCAUGCAAGAAGAAAAAUCUUGAAUAAGAACAUAGAAGGUUCUCUCGUUUAGAGAGAAUCGAAGCACAGUGGGUCUGGGUUGAAGGGACAAAGAUGGUUAAGAAGGAAAUUACAGCAAGUAGGCAGGUUGCUGCUCAUCAUUGUGAGCUUGUGAAAUCAGCACAGUUAGGAAAGGAUUUAGUCUUAAUCCAUGUGUUGUCAGACUCAGAUAAUGGCUUUGUAAAUCUUCCUUGGCAAACAACCUGGUCUAGAAAGGAUCACAGGAACAUUGGCAGGGACUUUGCUUUAGUGAAACAGGGUAACCUUGGCAGCCCACCAAGAAGUUCAAUCCGUAAGGUUCUAAAAAAGCUAGCCAAGUGCCGUGUAGCCAUGGCUGUACAUACGGAAAGAAACCCAGAGGAGGCUAUCUGGAGCUGGAUAUCAUAUGCCAGCUAUUGUGUAAAUCAAUUGCCAACAGUUAGUUCUCUUCUGGCUGUCCACAAAGGAAAGAUCAUCUUGGAAAUACCACCGAUUCAGCAUUUAACAGGUUUCAAGCUAAAUUCGAGACCUGAUUUGUAUCUCAUCAAAGAUAGUUCUAGGUUGAGGGAUGCAGAGAAACCAGAGUCUGAAGAAGCUGAAUCUCAUGCGGUUCUGGUUUCAACAGAUGUAGCAAGAGAGGAUAUUGGAGGGCCAAAAGAUGGCAAUUCUAGUUACAAGGCCAUUCUCUUAAACUCGAUAUCUCUAAUCCGAAGAGAACUGCCAGAACCAAGCCUUGGCUGGCCUUUGCUUCGAAGAAAAUCUUCUCCAAAUCAGGAAAAUUUUAAGAAACCUGAAGCUAGAGAUAUGUCAGUUGUGGAAUGGGUGAUGAGCCUGCCUAAUCGAGUUACCACAGUCGUCAACCACAUAGCUUUGCAUUCAAAUCAAACCAGCAUCACUUCCAAAACAUAUACUACUAAGGAUUCUACUAUAAGCGAUUGCAAGACUGAAGAAGCAAUUCACAGCACUGAAGACGAGGAAUCAGUAACUAAUGACAGUAGAAAUUCCAAAGAAGAAAAUUAUGGGCUUGGAUAUGAUGCAGAAUUGUCAGUUCCUUUGAUCACACAAACUUUGGAACCAGAUUCAAAACCAGGGUGGCCUCUUCUCCGCAUUACAGCUCCCACAACUUCAGAUUCUUUCACAGAAUAUGAAGCUGCAAUAAACGCACCCGUUCAAUUAACAGUCGAACCUCCACCUUCCAGGAAUGCAUUACUAUCCACCGAAGUGGAAAAUCCUGUUAAGAAAGAAAAUUAUUUCCCAGCGCCAAGAAAGAUGCUGAACAACUUGGAGCUUCAUUGCAAGCGGUUCAGCCUCAGGGAGCUUAAGCAAGCAACUUCUGAAUUCUCUCCAGAAAAUUUGAUCGGAGAGGGAGGAUGCAGCAAUGUAUACAAAGGGCGUCUUCCUGGUGGCAAGGCAGUCGCUGUUAAAAUUCUGAAGUCAUAUAAAGAAGCUUGGAGUGACUUCUCCUUGGAGGUCGAUAUUGUUUCUUCUUUAAAACACGAGCAUAUCACACCUCUAAUUGGAGUUUGUGUUGAAGAUGACCAUCUCAUCUCAGUCUAUGACUUUUUUCCCAAAGGGAGUUUAGAGGAAAUUCUCCAUGGUCAAAGCAAGAAGUCUGCGUUGCCAUGGGGGGUCAGGUUUAAAGUGGCCACGGCAAUUGCCGAGGCUCUAAAUUACCUGCACAGUGAGUGCCCUCGACCUGUUAUCCACAGAGAUGUAAAAUCUUCCAACAUUCUUCUCUCUGAUGAUUUUCAGCCACAGUUAUCUGAUUUUGGGCUUGCCAUAUGGGGACCAACGGAUUCAAACUACACGGUUGAUGGAAAUGUGGUAGGAACUUUUGGGUAUAUAGCCCCUGAGUAUUUCAUGCAAGGAAAGGUCAGUGACAAGAUUGAUGUAUACUCCUUUGGCGUUAUGCUUCUAGAAUUGCUCUCAGGAAGGAGACCAAUAAGUUCAAAGGCUCUGGAAGGAAAAGAGAGCUUGAUCCAGUGGGCUAGGCCAUUAUUAGAGAGAAGGGAUCUCCAAGGAUUAUCGGAUCCAGCGUUAAAUGAAGACUUUGACGUUGCUCAAAUGCAUAGAAUGGUUGUCGCUGCCUCCCUCUGCCUCAAUCAAUUGGAUGGGCACCGUCCAAAAGUGAGCCAGGUACUAGAAAUAUUGCGAGGAGAGAAGGAACCAACAGAGUGGUAUGAUCUUCGUGCUACUGAAUCAAAAUUACCAAACGACCAGGAAGAUGAUGACCUUUCUCCAGGAUUUGUUCACAAAUUAUAUACCUAUCUUUCAUUUUCAUUUACAGAUGAUGAUUCAACACCGGAGUGCAUCAAUUAUACCACAUCAAGAUAUCGUGGUGCAAAGAAGGGUCGUUUAAUGCUGAAAGACUACCUUAAGAAAGGGCAGGACCAAUCAUUAUCAUCACCUCUGUAGUUGCACAGCUUUUCGGUUCCUUAGCCCUUGAGCUAAAGCUUAUUAAGCAAAGCAUUUUUUUUUUUAAGCAAAGCUUGAAAACGUAAAUCAACACGAUUUCUUGAUGUAAAUAACGGUUAUGAUAUAUGAUUCUUGGAGUUGUAACAAUUUGAAAA